GGGAGUUGGGGGCUGGCGCUGACUGGCCGGCUACGGGAGUUCCCAGAGUUCCUAUUGGGUCUACGCGGGAAGCGCCAAGAUGGCGGCAGAGGGAGCCAGCGGCCCCGGCGCCUGGAGUCCUGGAUCUGUGGCGGCGGCAGCCAGCAAACACAACGUCACCAGUUUCCAGAGAAGGGGUCCGAGAGCCAGCGGCACCGAGAGCGGCGGCUGUCGACUGGUGUCCAUCGCAGGCACACGGCCGUCGGUGCGGAACGGACAGCUGCUGGUAUCAACCGGGCUCCCAGCCCUGGACCAGCUCUUAGGUGGAGGUUUGGCUGUUGGAACAGUUCUUCUUAUUGAAGAGGAUAAAUAUAAUACUUAUUCUCCUUUGCUCUUCAAGUAUUUCCUGGCAGAAGGAAUCGUCGCUGGGCAUACUUCAUUGGUCGCAUCUGCAAAAGAAGAACCUGCUGAUAUAUUACAGGGACUUCCUGCACCAUUACUUGAUGAUAAUUGUAAAAAAGAACUUGGUGAAGAUGUACAUAAUGAUGAAACAUCAGAAUUUAACAAUAAGAUGAAAAUAGCUUGGCGUUAUCAGCUGUUACCUAAGAUGGAGGCUGGACCAGUAUCAUCUUCAAAAUUUGGUCACUAUUAUGAUGCAUCAAAAAAAAUACCACGAGAAUUAAUAGAGGCUUCAAAAUGGCAUGGAUUUUUUCUUCCAGAAAAAAUAUCUUCAACUCUUAAUGAAGAACCCUGUUCUUUGACCCCUGGCUACAUAAAGCUGCUUCAGUUUAUUCAGAAAAUCAUUUAUGAGGAAGGAUUUGAUGGAUCCAAUCCCCAGAAAAAACAGAAAAACAUUUUACGAAUAGCAAUCCAGAGUCUUGGUUCACCUUUGUGGGGAGAUGAUGUCUGCUGUACAGAAAACUGUGACAACAGUCACAGCCUUACAAAAUUCCUCUACGUUCUCCGUGGUCUUCUGCGCACCUCUCUUUCAGCCUGCCUCAUCACUGUGCCAACACAUCUCAUCCAGAAUAAAGCAAUUAUUGCUCGUAUUACAAACUUGUCAGAUACAGUCAUUCAUCUGGAGUCGUUUAUUGGUUCUAACAGAGAAACCAACCCAUUAUAUAAGGAUUAUCAUGGUUUGAUUCACAUACGUCAGAUUCCUCGGCUUAAUAACUUGAUGUGUGAUGUGUCAGAUGUCAAAGACUUAGCUUUUAAAUUGAAAAGAAAGCUAUUCAUCAUUGAGCGACUGCAUUUGCCUCCAGACUUGUCAGACACAGUGAGCCGCUCAAGCAAACCGGAUCUGGCAGACUCCACCAAGCUGCUGGGCCCAGGCUGUGGCAUGAUGGCCGGAGGCAAGAAGCACCUGGACUUCUAGAUGCCUCCCUAGUUGUUGCACGCAGAAUUAUGACACUCUAAUUAUGAGUGCUAAGAGCUUAUGUAAAUAUUUUUCUUAACGAUCUGACCCUCCAAUUCUUGAAAAACACAGGAUUGCAAAAUGAUGCCCCCAGUCUUCAUUUUUUUAAACCAAAUUUUUGUACAGAAAUAAUACAGAAGAAAUACUUUCAUUUUAAAAAUGUGUUUUAUGCUACCUCUAAGGAAAAUAGGCACUUUUAUUUUUAAAUAAAAUGUCAAAAGUUCAAGAUGCCACACAGUGGUCAUGGCUGUAUAUUUAUUAAGGCACUUAGCUCAUGGUAAAGUGCGAGUCACAGAGGGGGUAGUGUAUAAAGCAUUCUGAAAUUCAAAAUUGUGUAUGAAAAACAUAUUUUCUCUUUCUUAAAAAGUCACUUGCCACCAAAAAUGCUAAGCUUUAUAAAACAUUGAAAAAUGUGUUUGCUAAUAUAUGAAGACCAAUAAUAAAAUGAAUUUGCAUUUAUGCAUCCUAUGAUUAAAUUGAUGAAGACAAAAUAAUAUUUUGGGAUUAAGCUCCAUUAAAGGUAAUUAGUCUGCUGUAGUAGUUAAUGAAUAUAAAGGACUUGAGUGCUAGAAAGCAUAGAGAAAGAAGUUGAUGGUCUUCUAUUUAGUAAUCUUAAACAAUUGAAGUCAGCACUACGAAAUUAUGUCAACACACAUAAUUUGGGAUUGAAAUUCAAACUGACAGCUACAUUCAUGCUAGAAAACUGGGGAAAACAUGUAUGGAAGCUUGGUGAGGGAUUUUUACAGAACAUAGGGCUGAGACAAAGCAGAAAACGAGCUGAGUGCAUUAGGUAAACUCAUUGUUAAUUUUGAACAUUGGGUACUUACAUUUAUAACCAUAUAGACAUGUAUUUGGGGUUUAUAGCAUACUGAACCAGUUUUCAUAUGAAACACUAGGAUUUUGAAUCAUAAUUCUACACUCUCACAGCUUUUGAUAAAUAGUAGACCAAAAAAAUUUGUUAAGUAAUUUGCAUAUGUAAGUAAAAAGUUUCAAUUUUUUAAAGCUAUUUAAAGCUGUUACCACCUAAAUUUCCAAAAUACAUUUUCAAAUAUGUUAGAGUAUUUUGAAGCAGUUUUAUAACUAGCAUUUUAAGUAGUUUGCUUUUAAUAUACCACAAAUUACACUUUAUUUGUUCUUGACAACAUUGUAGAAAACAAAGACUAGGUUUUUAAACUGUCUAACCAAUCUGAUGAAUGUCAGUCACUUAAAAAAAAACCCACUGUAGCAUAAACACACACUGUAUACAGCUUUUAUUCAGAAUUAGAAUAAUUGAAUCAAUGACAGUGAUUCGCCAGGAUGUCAAAUCUCUCCAUCAGAUCCUGUCACUACCAGUUUAUUUUUUGUGAUCAAAAUCAAAAAGACAACUAUUUUGUCACCCACUAUUUCAUUAGUACUAAAAAUCAGAUUUCUUUUUUCCUUUUUUUUUUAGAAUGUCUGGUUUAUUUUUUUUUUCACUUCUUUUAAUUCAAGAGACACAAAUUCUUUCCCAUUUUCAUUUCAAAAUAAAGUUUCAGAAUUGAUCUGUCAGUUAAAAUUAGAGGGCUUUUUAUAUUAAGCAAAGGUGCUUUUAAAAUUUAAAGCAACUUCAGAAACUCAAUUUAGUCCAUAGAUAAUAAAGCAUGUGCAGUUACUCCCCAAAAGCUUUGCUAUAUCCUUUGAAAGCAUUAUGAACAAUCUGAAUAAAUUCAAAUGACUAUUUUAGUCUGGUUAUUAUUUUAAUAACUCUAACCUUUUUCUUACCGUGUUGUGACUCAUUUAUGCAAACACACAACGGAACAAUUACAUAGCAUUGGACUCUGAAAAAAAAAAAGUGAGGUCAUCAGAUAUGUAAAUUGCUUGUCAAAAAUACUUAAUAGGUCAUUGAUUUACUACCCUGGCUACCAUGUCUAUAAAAUUAGCAGCCAAUUACUAGUUAAUGUAUGCUUUGCAAACAGAUAAAUGCUAUAAAAAUUGAGCAUAUUUGAUCCCAACUUAUUUUAAAUAUAAAAGAAACUUUUCAAACUAAGUAAAACUGCAUUUUGAACAAUAGUACUUGGGCCUUCCAAAAAUUAGAUGCAAGUGUUUGGUUGUUCUGAUUCACUAGGCAGGCUUUGUAAAAAUUAGCUACUGAAGAGGGAUGUAUAUUUUUGUUUUCCUCUGAUAAAAAUGUAUUUUCCUUCUGGAAGCAUUAUCCAAUUAGCCAUAUGUUAAUAAUUUACUACAUAAAAAUAUCACUGAUGCUACCAUAGGUAUAUGGACCAUUUUUGAUACAUUAUGAAAUAUACAUUCUAUAAACAGAUUUUUUCAGUUAUCAACUUGUCUCAAAUACUUAUCUAACAAUGGCAAGCAGAGUUUUUUUUAAAUGUUUCUAAAACUUCAAAACCCUCUCUGGUAUUCAUUUCUUACGCUAGAUUUGCCUUUUUUUUGGUGAGGUAAAUAUUUUGACCACUGCAGUCUGCUCAGAUCCUGGGGUUCUAAGACCUUAGGAAUUACUUUCUGGUAACCACCAAUUUCCACUUUUCUCUUUCUCUCUUCCAUUUAUUCUUUAUUUGUACCUCCAGGAUCUGCGAUUACUAACACUACACAAAAUAAAACUACUUCAAAAGAAGCAACACUUGGCAAUCGAUUCCCUGUCUUUCUUUUAAUUUUAAAGAAUCAGACACAGGCAUCCACAUACAAAAGGAAAAUGGGGGUGGGGUGGCCCCUAUUCAUUUGUUUAAGUCCAUUAUGAAUGUCAUUUCUAAAACAUCAUGUUAAUGCCUUCCAUAGAUAGUCACCAUCAACACCAUCAAAUUUAAGCAAGACUAACUUUAAAUACUUGCACUCUGAACUUUAAAACUGAGCAGAAGUGAUGCAAAAAAAAAACCACACACACACACACACAAAAAAAAAGGUGAGGUUUAUUCUAGAGAAACAAACAAAGGAAGAAUUUGUGUUUGGUCUUGGUGAGCCAGACAGUCAAAGAAGAGCCUUCUUUUUAUAAUCUUGUUCAUGUGAAGGCCUAGGGAAAACCAAGAAGCAGAAGAAUAUAGACACCACCCUAAGAUGACAAAAAUUCACAAAAAAAAAAAAAAUGCUGAAUCUUAACAAAUACUGUAUCUCAGGAAACUGGUUAUGAUUUUUUUUUUUUUUUAAGCAGGAGGAGAUGAGUAUGUGCGCCAUAUCAAGAAAAGUCAGUGGGUCACCAUGUAAGAGUCAGGAGGUACAGCUUUGGAGGGAAAAUAUUCUGGAAAUUUCUUGUAGUAAAAAAGAAUUUUUUUACUCAGUAACCUGAAUGUUUCUUACUCAAACAUUCACCUCUGACUCUGUUCACCUGGUCUCCCUAAGCCAGCCAAGUUUGAAGGAAAAGCAUAAGCUGUUAAUCGUGUGGUUCUACUGAGGACACCCCCAAAUACCAGGCCACCGUCCUAGAAGAUGGUGUCAAAGCUUCCCUGCGGAGUUCCCACUAAUACAUACAUACAUACGCCUAACUGUAAAUAAAGUUUCAACAAUAAGUCGAAGGCAGCCUCCUGGGCAUUGCUUCCACACAGUGCUGGCCAUGCUGUCCCCAGGAGGGUGCCCAGAGCUGCAUUCAGGGUACCACUCAUCUCCCCAGGGUGAGAGCAGAAGGCAGGGCAGCCUUGCAUCCUGCUGGAUCAGAGGGCUUCUGCAGCUGAGCAGCCGCUUCUUCCAACUCAGCCAGGCCGUGCCACUGUGCCCUGGAAAUCUAGUCCCUCAGAGGUCACGGGCCCAAGUGCACACGCACCGACUCUCCACUCCCCCAGCACUCCCCUUCUCCCGUUCCCAGCUCCUGCACCCAAGGGCCACCAGUUCUCCUAAGUCUAUACUCUACACAACAGAGCCAUGGGCCAGAACUGGUUGCCUAACCCUGGCCCAAAUCAUAGCCAGUUGGAAAUGGUCCCCCUUCUUCCAGGGAAGAAGCCAGGCAGCAGCUGCAGCACACACCACACGUAGCCCUUCCGACAGUUCCCUGGAUACAUGUCCCUCUGGGAAUGUAGGCUGUGAAAUGUCAGGAGAUAGAAAUACCUGCAUGGGCAACUGUACCAACAGUGCAUAUGUCUGCACAUGCCACUGCAGAAGUGUGCAAGCAUGCAGUGCAGACUGACAUUGAAUCAAACUACACACACACAUGAAAAAGCUACAAUCAACCUAGAAAGGUGUCUCUAAAUGCACAGCAACUCUGGUGGAAUAAAAGCAUUAACACAUAGCAUGCCAGAGAGAUGAAUCACAAUGAUCUGUUCACAAGUGACUCCUUAACGAGAAAAUAGGAGAUGUGGAGGUAGAAGAUUGUUUUUUUAAAGCCUCCAAUUAAUUUCUAUAUUUCUGAUAAUUUGCUUUUGGGGGUUCAAAACAUAACAAAUAAAAAGCACAGUACAAUUCAGUGGAAGUGGGUCUUUGUCCCCAGAGGUUUCUGCCUGUGCAAGCAUUUAAUCUAGACUGCCGGGCCCCCAGCCUUUGAUGGAAGUUUGCAGAAGGAAACAUCUAUAUUGACUUAUGUGUUGCACAGAACAUACAGAAAUAAAAGUCUCAGACAGGUUUUCAAAACAACAAAGGCUUAUUUUCUUCCAUCCUUUGCUUGGGCUCAAGCACUCCUGCCCUGCGUGCCGCCACUUUAAACAUGAUCAGAUCUGUGCUUCAUUGCAAAUAACAACUGACCAACAAUGGGCCCUGCUUCAUAGAUUUGGGAAUGUUUGGCUUAAGCUGCCAAUGACUGAAGGCCUUUAACUCCCACCGGCCAGUCACAGUCUGCUUUGUUGUUGUCUGUUGAUGUGUCUGUGCUCAUUAUUCCUUGACAUGCAACAUCCCCCCUCCACCCUCCAACCAUCCACAACCGCACAGAAAGGGAGAUUCAAAUGGGAACAGCUGUAGUGGUUCAAUGGGGAAUGAUGCCUCUGUGCAAAGGGGAGGGAGAGAGAAAAGGGAGAAAGGCAACAGCUUUCAGAGAGUCUUGUAUAAGAAAUCUACUUUUGAAUAUACUUCAGUGAAAUCGCUGUUGAAAUAGGCUGACAAUGGAAAUCUGCCCAGAUUGAAAAUGCCAGCCCUAAUUCAAAAGACAAUUCUUAGUUAAUAGCUUGUUGCAUUUUUAAAAUUAUUUCUAGACUUUGAGCUUUUGGAUGAAAUGGCUAGCUGGAAAAUGUUUCCAUUUAGUAUGUGUGUUGUGGGCAUAAAUGGGCACAGAUCUACAUGCAGCUUCAAAUAGAAUUUUUCUAACACAUUUCUGAUUUAUGAUAUCUUUAAGAAUUAUUUCUUUAAGGAUCAUCGGGUUUUAAAAUAGAGAAUGUAUGAAAGUAACCAUUGGUUUAGAAUGUUACUCCAACAUGGGAACAAAAUUUGUAACACCACACUGUAAGGUUAAAAAGAAAAUAGUAUAAUAAAGGAAAUACAAAGGCUUUGGCAUGGUUUUUACAAUCAACAAUGGUUAAUUUUGAUAUGUAGUUGUGAACAACUUCAAAACACUUAAGUUUAAAACUCUUGCAAGCACUUUUAAUUGAUUAGGAAUGAAUUCUAGAUGCACAAAAUGAUUGGACUGUGAACAGUAAUACAACUAUAUCUAAGAACAAUAAACUUUUGCUGGCCAAAAAAGAAACGCGUGAUUGCAUGAAAAUGUGUAUAAAACAUCUAUAGAGUAUUCUUGUCAAAUAUAAAUGAAAUUAACUUUAUUAUAGAAAUCAUUCUGAGGAUUUCUAGGGAAGACAAAUACUUACAUUUUGACAUAAAACAAAUUGGAUUAUAUCGAAGACACACUCUACCUUUUAGCUAUCAACUUUUUUCUUCCUUGAAUUUAUAUCUUACCCUUUUUUGCACAUAAACUUCAUCUGUUAACAACCUUUGGAAAACCAACAGAUAUUUCUUACAUAAAUCUAGUGCAUGUUGUUCCAGGUUUAAUUAUAUGCAAAGGAAUGAUUCAAACUUGGAACCUCAGUCCAUAAACUAUGAACAGAUGGGUAGAAGUAGUCGAUAUAUCUUGAUAAAAUUCUUAAAUUCAUGGCAAAGCUUGUUGAUCAUGGUUUCCUUUUU